CACUCACUAUUAUGUGCACUUUAUUCUGUUCCAAUUUGAUACAUUGCUGUUACUAUUUACUAAUCAAAACGAGGCUGCGUUUGAAGAAAAAGAAAAGAAAAUCCCUUUUCUUUCUCUCUCUCUCUCUCUGAUAAUUGCAUAAUCUUGCUCUUAAGUUGAAGUCUUGUCUCAUUCCAUUGCGUGGUUCUCGAGUUGGGCACUUUUGUUCUACUGUAUUUCCAUUAAAGUCUCUCAUUUCUCUAGUGCAGCAUUGCCAAUAUACAUACACACAAACAUAUAUAUGUAUAUGAACUUUACAAGAGUAAUUGUUGAGUUCUCUUCAGGGGUUCCAUGAAGAAAUUAUGCCCAGGAAGUAGAAUGCUGAAAAUUGAAGAUUUUAAGAAAAUCACAAAAGCCCAUUUGGGAUUUUAAUCAAAAUUUGCAUGAAAGUAGGAUUCAACCUCUUCAGAAGACAUAACAAAUAGUGAACUUUAAACGGUUCAUAUUUUCUUUAUUAUUGUUUUUUUUAAAUUGGAAAAAGAUCUGAAUUUGUGGAAAGAGGGGGGGUGGGGAGUGGGGGAAUAGGAAGUGAGUAAAGAGUGCCGCAUGAAGAAAUAGGUGAAACAAUGAGAGGUGAAAAUUCCCAGAAAAGCAAGCUCUCAUGGUCAAAGAGACUUGUUAGAAAAUGGUUCAAUAUCAAUUGUAAAAGUGAGGAAUUUCAUGCUGACGAAGUUCACAAAGAUGGUGAUGUUGAAUGGAGGAAUAACUUUACAGAGAGGGAGCCAUGCACAAUCAAGACAAGCAGAACAGAAAAAUUGGCCAAGAACAUUGAGCGUUCGCAUUCUCAUUCUCGUUCCCGUUCCAGACGAGGGAGAGGCUAUCUCGAUCACCCGCAGAUUAUAAAUGUCCAGAAUUAUAGCCUCUUUGUCUCAACAUGGAAUGUGGGAGGAAAAUCACCGCCUAGCAACAUGAAUCUAGAUGACUGGCUACAUUCUUCACCUCCUGCAGACAUUUAUGUACUGGGAUUUCAAGAAAUAGUACCAUUGAAUGCCAGUAAUAUUCUGGGCGCCGAAGACAAUGGCCCUGGUAAAAAAUGGCUCCAUCUUAUAAGAAAAACAUUAAACAAUGCUCCAGGAACUAGUACAGGCAGUGGAUGUUCGUCUCCUAUCCCUGAUCCAAUUGCUGAAUGGAAUGCAGAUUUUGAGGGAUCAAUCAGGAAAAAGGCCUCUUGUUUGUUCCCUCGUCAAUCUUUUCAGACACCACAACAUUGGAGAAUGGAGAAUGACAUCCCGCAACCUCGCCUUGAUAGGAGAUUUAGUGUUUGCGACCGGGUGAUUUUGGGUCACAGGGCUAGUGAUUUUGAUCCAAAUACCAGAUGGGGUUACAGGCCUAGCGAUUGUUAUUCUAGUCAGAGGCCUAGUGAUUAUUCCUCCAGUCACCGUCUGAGUGACUACUCCUCUGGCCGCCGGUCAAGUGACUAUUCGUGGGGCCAGAGGCCGAGUGACUAUUCGUGUGGUCGGAGGCCGAGUGACUUCUCUAGAUGGGGUUCAGAGGAUGAUUAUGUGCCUGGGAAUUCGCCCAGUACUGUUUUGUAUUCACCAAUGCCCUACAAUGGACAUGCACCAAUGGAAGAGGGAUACAGACUGCCUGAGCAUUUGAGAUACUGUCUAGUUGCCAGCAAGCAAAUGGUAGGCAUUUUUCUCACAGUAUGGGUUCGGAGUGAAUUGCAGGAACAUGUCCGGAACAUGAAAGUAUCGUGUGUUGGCAGAGGAUUGAUGGGUUACCUUAGAAAUAAGGGCUCCAUUGCUAUCAGCAUGCUAUUGCAUCAGACUAGCCUUUGUUUCGUGUGCAGUCACUUGACUUCAGGUCAGAAGGAUGGCGAUGAACUACGUAGAAAUGCUGAUGUUAUGGAAAUCCUAAGGAAAACGAGGUUCCUGAGAGUAAACCCCAUCUGUGAGGAGAAAUCCCCAGAAACAAUCCUUGAACAUGAUCGGGUUAUUUGGCUUGGCGAUCUUAACUAUCGAAUAGCACUUCCCUACCGGUCUGCGAAAGCACUUGUUGAGAUGCAAAACUGGAGAGCACUGUUAGAGAGGGACCAGCUGCGGAUCGAGCAGACACGAGGCCGAGUUUUUUAUGGAUGGAAAGAAGGGAAGAUAUAUUUCCCUCCAACGUAUAAAUAUUCACAUAAUUCAGAUAGAUACGCGGGUGACGAUAUGCACCCAAAAGAGAAAAGGCGGACACCAGCAUGGUGUGAUCGAAUUCUAUGGCAUGGAAGCGGCCUUCAGCAAUUGUCAUACGUCCGUGGUGAAAUUAGGUUUUCAGAUCAUAGGCCCGUAUCUAGCAUGUUUUGGGCCGAUAUUGAAUCAGUCCCCAACCGGUUGAGGAAGAGCAUGAGUUGUUCGAACUCAAGGAUUGAGGUCGAAGAGCUGUUACCAUACGCCCAUGGUUAUACAGAGCUCUGCUUUUUUUAAAUGAGAGGGUAUGAUUGUGAACUUAGGAAUCGGGUGGCAAUUGUCUUAAAGAAAACUCAACCUUAAGAGCGAUGGGGACUUUCCUUUGCCUAAGAAUUGAUAAAGGUAUAGAUACAAUAUUUUAUGGCUAACUUCAUAUGACCCGACUUGAUUAACCAUUGGCUCGUUUCUAUGAGAUGGAAAUUGUUCAUAUAGACGAUAAAAUUGUUUGCAGUUUUUCGCAAUUUAAAGUUAGAUGUUAAGUGAUUUGACACUUUUGUGCCCUAGCUUUUGUUGGAUUUUAGUGUAGUGGAAUGAAACCGGAUUAUCACAUACUGUAUAUGUUAUUUAGAUACCGAUUUUAAGUAUACCGUAUAAGCAGCUUACCGUAUUUGCA